ACCACAGAUAAAAUGUUUGACUUCCAUCCAUCCCCUCAAAGCAUCAUCUCAACCCCCGCAGGACCGUUAGCGACAUGCGCUUUGAUUGAAUCUCUCCGGAUAGCAGUGAGCAUCCGUUCCGAGGGACCCAGGCACAGCUCCUCUGGUCGGGGCGACCUGUUACUCAGGGAGAAGCAGGCUGCACCGCGUCUGUACAGGCUAGGGACACUUUACAACCAACAGGAGGGUGUUUUGUUGGGAUUAAAAGCGAGAGACAGAGGCAGCCGCGUUUAAACCUGUUACCUGACAGAAGGUCAGGGGUCAUGACUGCGCUCGCAGGAGGUUUACCGAGAAUGAUGAGACCGACUCCUCACCAGAACUACCCGCGGGGAGGAUACUCUCUGGAAGUGUCCACUCCGUUGGGACAGGGUCGGGUCAACCAGCUCGGCGGUGUCUUCAUUAACGGCAGACCUCUCCCCAACCACAUCCGCCAUAAAAUCGUGGAGAUGGCCCAUCACGGUGUCCGGCCGUGUGUCAUCUCCCGUCAACUGCGCGUGUCCCACGGCUGCGUCUCCAAAAUCCUGUGCCGGUACCAGGAGACCGGCUCCAUCCGGCCGGGGGCCAUCGGAGGCAGCAAGCCCAAGCAAACCGCUACUCCAGAAGUGGACAAGAAAAUCGAAGAGUACAAGAGAGAAAACCCGGGCAUGUUCAGCUGGGAAAUCAGGGACAAGUUACUGAAAGAAGGGGUCUGCGACAGGAACAACGUCCCCUCAGUGAGCGCCAUCAGUCGCGUCAUGCGGUCCAAGUUCGGCGGAGCCGGGGACGAUGAUGAGGAGGAUGAUGAAGUGGUGAAGAGGGAGAUGGAGGAAAGCGAACCACGGACCAAACACAGCAUCGAUGGCAUUCUGGGAGACAGAUCCAGUCACUCGGACGAGGGCUCCGAUGUGGACUCGGAACCAGGCCUUCCUCUGAAGAGGAAGCAGCGCCGCAGUCGGACCACCUUCACAGCGGAGCAGCUGGAGGAGCUGGAGAGGGCUUUUGAACGCACGCACUACCCCGACAUCUACACACGGGAGGAGCUGGCUCAGCGGGCCAAACUGACGGAGGCUCGAGUUCAGGUGUGGUUCAGCAACAGAAGAGCCCGGUGGAGGAAGCAAGCAGGAGCCAAUCAACUGAUGGCGUUUAACCACCUCAUCCCCGGUGGUUUCCCUCCGUCAGCUAUGUCCGGCCUGCAGCCCUAUCAGCUGUCCGACAGCCCCUACACUCCCACUUCCAUAGCUCAAGCAUCCGAGCAGCCCAGCACAGUCCAUCGACCACAGCCUCUGCCCCCCACCUCUGUGCACCAGGGUGGGCUCGGCCCGUCAGCGGGCUCCCAGGACGGAAGCUCUGCGUACUGCCUGUCCUCUGGACGUCACGGCUUCUCAGGAUAUUCGGACAGCUUUGUGUCCCCGACAGGACACACUAACACUGUCAACCCCAGCAUCGGCAACAGCCUCUCACCACAGGUAAUGGGCCUAUUGAACCCGGGUGGAGUGCCACAUCAGUCCCAGAGUGACUUUGCCCUCUCCCCACUGACCGGAGGCCUGGAGCCUAAUGGUGGCAUGGCUGCCAGCUGUCAUGGUUCCCAGCGCUUGGAGGCUCUACCAGGCCUGACCAGUAUGCCCACCCUGCCGAGCACCCAGUCUUACUGCCCUCCUUCCUACACCUCCCCAGCCUACGCCAUGGACCACCAUCCAUCCUACCAGUAUGGACAGUACAGUCAGAGCAAGGUGCCUUUCAUUAUAUGAAGCCCCCAACAUGGGCUGAACAGGAGGCUUCCUGGCCAGUCUGACAUUCAUCGCUAGAGAACACCCCCACCCACUGCCUUUGCCAAACAUCCACAGCCCCGAGGACGGUGAAAGAGGGAGAGAGAGUGCGGUUUGGGUGGGUGAAGGGGUUGAGGUGUUCUGCUUCAGCAAGGGAACCAGUUGAGAUGGAGGUGUAGUGAUGGCAAUGGAGGGGGGGGGGGGGGGGGGUUGACUGGAAUAAUUAGGACCAAAGGCGCAGCCUCUCCUGUUACCUGGCAAUCGCUUUGCUUGUGCGUCACGUCACGCUCCAUGGACCAAGCACGGCUUGUUGUCCAUGCUUAAAGAGGAAAAGAAGACGGGGGGGGGAGGGGAGUAAAUACAUUCAAGAUUCCAUAUUAGAUUUUUGUAAUAAGUGGCAGAGUGGAACUGGGAAGCCCCCUUUGCUUCUGCGGCCCAGCUUGAUGGAGGAGGGGCGUUUUCUUACGGUUAUCAAAAGGCUGGAUGGUGAUAACGUGUGGUGCUCAGCGGCAAUGUCCUUCCAAGUACACUGUCUUAGGAAAAUAAUAUUCACUGUAUGCUGAUGCGAUUUUUGUAUAAGACUUUUGAGAUGAAAAUACAGCAGGAAAUACACCGGGAAAACCACCAGAAAGGCAUGAAUCGAGUGAAGUCCUAGUGAAACCACUGCAACCCAAAGAAAGUGCAAUACAUUCAUACCUCAUGUGAUGUAAAUAAACAUGGCUCAAAUGUCCCUGAUUAUACGCUCAAAAAAAAUAUGUUCUCUCAUUUUAAUGUCAAUAAUUUUGGGUUGUGUGCAUUGAUCAAUCAGGGGAAAUCGUCCAGCGAUGA